AAAUUGGAAGGGAGAAGAAGCUAUGAUACGAGAUGGUAACCUUCAACAAAGUUCGAAUAAUACGGUAGGGUGUCGUGGAUGCGCAUUGGCUUAGUAACUCCCCCGUAUAUGAUGUUGUUAACGCGCAUCCUCUAGAUUUUCCGACCACGACCGUCAGUAUGCGGUCGUGCAUUCCACGCGGGCACACCUGUUUGCUCUCUCUUCCUAUAGUAUUAUUUCAACGCGACUAUGUUCACGCAUUGACAUACGUAUUAGGGGUAUAACAUAUAUAGAGAGACAUAGAGACUUCUCUUCGUUAGACAAGACGGGCAGAAAGAAAGAAAGAGACUGGAAAAGAGAGAGAAGGAUAGAUUUAGUCGAGAAAGAGGAACGUCCUCGUGACUUCAACCACGUGUCUUCUCUCAUCUUUCUCGUCAUAGACGCUCGUAGCCAUUGAGAUGAUUUUAUGGUGGCCCCUUCCUUGUCUAUAUGUACCUUUAUGUUGAGCUUGAAUGUGAAUGGACAGAGAGAUAGAUAGAUAGAUAGAUAGUUAGAGAGAGAGAGAGAGAGAGAGAGAGAGAGAGAGAGAGAGAGAGAGAGAGAGAGGCCUUCUCGAUGAGAUAAUACGACCGGCUGUGAUAUGCCAUUCAGGCCCGAACUCGGGACCGUCGAAUUGUGAGAGAGAUCGAGAAGCGAGGGUGGACACACAUCAGUUGCGAUCAUGCUCACCAUAAAAAACGACAUGUCACCGCGUAACGGAUCCUGCGUGGCAGAGAUAAGCUCGGUAAGGAGUCUUUCAUCGGAGGAUGUAUCGGCAAAGGCAAAUCGUAAAAAAUCCUGUUGGGCACGUGCCACGGAUCCUGCGAGUCGUCGUGGCCGAAGGAUUCAAUUGUUGCAAAUGUUGGUACUACCGUUCAUACCGAUCCUAGCUUUGAUCGUACAAACUGCCAAUACGCUCCACGACAUAUUGAUUUAUCGGCAGGAAGUAUCGGACAUCGAAACACAGGUAACCAUAGCUACAGAUUUGGGCAAAGUGGUGACCAGGAUGCAACUCGAAAGAUCCGAAGUAGCAUUCUUUAUUUAUACCAAUGGCAGCACUUUAAGGUCCAAUCUGACGCAAAGAUUCGCUAUAACCGAUCAUGCUCUGCAUAAUAUGACAACCUGGCCCUUGGUUUCCGUCCCAAGAGACGAAAGCAAGACGCAAACAUACGAUGUUGUUAGCAAGGAAGCCUUUCAAGCACGGCUCGAGGAUUUCAGACAGAAAAUAAGCUCGGAAGAGAGUAGUAUAACAGAGGUGAUGGCUUGGUACACAAGCGUAAAUGCCGCCAUGCUAGAUCAUUUGACCAAUCAGAUCAAGGAAACAGAUAACAGCGGUGUAUGGAGAUAUUUGAUAGCCUUCAAAAAUCUAUUACGAAGCAUCGAAAGUCUUGGCAUCGCUUCCGUUUAUGGAAUCAAUUAUUUUGGACGUGGAAUACUUUUAGGAGAAAACUAUGUUAGUUAUGUACGUCAUGAAGCUCUAGGACGAGAUCUGUUGAACGGAUCCCUCACAUAUGUGCCUUCUUUAAAACACUUUUAUAUCGACCUUACUCGAACAAUGUCCGACUAUGGCAGGAUCAAGUCUAGGCGAGAUGAAAUUCUUCGGAAUCGAAAGCGAGAGCCUAGCGUGGAAGACGCCAUUGCUUAUUUUGACUCAAUGGCGACCUACGUCGAUGAACUACGUAAACUUCAACGCGAAUUACGUCAUAUGAUACGAGAUUAUGUUAAUUCAACUUUGCAAGAUGCCAGUAAUAAGGAGGUUGCUGGUAUAGCCAUUGUUGUUUUGGUCCUAGUUGUUUCACCUAUUAUUAUAAUAUUAGUACGCAAUGCAGUGGCUACCAUUCAAAUGUAUGCUGCCAAUUUAGCGCAAAAAGCUCGUGAAUUGAAGAGAGAGAAGAGAAAGAGCGACACUUUGCUCUUUCAAAUGUUACCACCUAGCGUAGCUCAACAACUAAAACAAACUCAACAGGUGCCAGCUGAAUAUUACGAAGCAGUGACCGUUUACUUCAGCGAUAUCGUUGGAUUUACUGAAAUUGCCGCUGAAAAUACACCACUCGAGGUUGUCACGUUUCUCAAUUCGAUAUACAAAUUGUUCGAUGCCCGUAUCGAAUGUUACGACGUUUACAAGGUCGAAACCAUUGGUGAUUCUUAUAUGGUUGCUUCCGGUUUGCCAGUUAGAAAUGGUGAUAAGCAUGUGUCCGAGAUUGCAACGAUGGCUUUAGAUCUAUUGGCUGCUUCCUCGGUCUUUCAAGUACCGAAACGUCCCGGUGAACGACUUCAAAUACGAAGUGGUGCACAUACAGGACCAGUUGUGGCUGGUAUCGUGGGUAGUAAAAUGCCACGGUAUUGUUUAUUUGGUGAUACGGUAAACACGGCGAGUCGUAUGGAAUCAACAGGCGAAGCUUUACGGAUUCACAUUAGUUUAGAAAUGAAAAAGGCCUUAGACGCUGUUGGAGGAUUCAAAAUCGAGCAUCGCGGUUUGGUAGACGUUAAAGGGAAAGGCCUAAUGGAUACAUAUUGGUUGGAGUGUAAGGAUGGUGGGAUUGCAAGAGCAGCCGAGCUGGACUUGCCGUCAUUCUUUGAAGAUGUACGACCAGUUUUCAUGCGCCGUUUACGAGAGGAAGGUCGUAAAAAUCGACUCUCUCAUCCGAAUCUUCAUAUAACGCCAGUGAAAACUCAACCUCAAUCACAAUCGAGUAUAGAAUCGCAAGAUUCAGUUACUUAUGACGGUACACAUUCAACUACACCCUGUCCACCUAGUUACUCGCCGGCGAGUCAAAGGAGUCGAUUGUCACAACCAAAUCUACCGACAUUGUUGAUAUCAUACGAACGUCGAUCUGGGGGUGGUUCGCCCGAUCGUCGUAUAAGAAUGUCACAGCCGACCUUGAAUUCAAGUUUCAGCGGCAUCAACUUCGUUGGUAUGAAUCGUGGUUCACGUUUAUCUUAUACGAGUUUGAGGGCACCCUCAGGCGACAACAGUAUAAACGAGGAGGAGAGACUUUCAACGCCUAAUGUCCAUCGACUUGGUGGUAGCGCCGGUGAGAAUAUAUCCACGGCUGAUAAUGGCUCGAGAUUUUCACAACCUGAUGUCAGACGUUUUGCCUUACGGCAGGAUGUACCGGCUAAACGUGAAAGACUCUCUCAGCCUACUCUUCUAUCAGGCGAUUAUUAUCCAAUUCGUGGACAACAGAGAUUAUCCCAACCAUGUUUGUCCACCGUUAGGGACUCUGGUAUACCAACGAUGAUACUACAAUCACCAUCGCCACCUCCCAUGAAGCACAAAAGAUUUUCACCGAUUUCUGCAGCCACUCAUAGAGAACGUCUAUCACAAUUGGAUAUUGGCGGGAAGUACAGAAAUUGGAAAGAUGUCUCUAAUUCUACAGUGAAAUUUAAUCGUGAUAGAUUCUCGAUACCCGAAUUGGAAACUCAGAAUGAUCUGAAAUUGAUGGCUGGUACGCCUAAACAAAGAUUCAGUCUUGACAGUCAAUUGACACGUAAUCAGGAUAGUGGAAGAUCGAGAUUAUUACCAAUAGCUAGCUCUCCAAUCUCUGAACAUCAACAGAGCAAAUUCGAUGAGAUUACCGGUACUGUAAAUCCCGGAUCUAAUAAACUGAAGACUCCUACGCGUGAAUGUUUAGAAAGUAUUAUCGUCGCUAGCACGACACCUAUCUUGCCACCGGGUGAUCGAAAAUUAUUCGAAUCUACGAUAGCACUUAGAUCUAUCUCACCGACGGCUAUUUCAUCUAUAGCACCUGGAACAAAAUCAACAUCUACGUCGAUAACUACAACCUCAACAAUGGCUAUGAUCAAAGGUAUAUCAACAAGUGUCUUACCACCUAGAGAAAGAAUGUCUGUACCAGAGAUCAGAAACUCAAGUUUACGUCGUUUGUUAGAUCCACCGACUAGACAAAGACACAGCAUUACUGGUAAUCUUAGACAAUGUCUACUUUCACCUAGUAAAGUUCAUGAUAUCACGAGGAAACCAUACAAAUUUUCUAUCGACGAAGCUUUAGAAAAAUUAAAGAAAGAAAAAGAAAAAGAGAAGGAUAAAGAUAAGGACAAAAAUAAGGAAGAAGUUAAAGAAAAAGAGAAAGAAAAUAUCAUGGCCAAUGAGCCCGAUCUCGAUAUAAUCCAACCCCCAAAACACAUUCAACGCCAUUAUUCUUAUACCUAUGACAUCAAUGACGAAGGUAGUUCAAUUGGUAAGAUCUCAGUUAGUAGUAUACCUAAGAAGAAAUUUUUAGAGAGUAACUUUGAUGAGAAUGAACAAGUGAUUACAACUGUAAUAGAAACUGAUGUACCAGUUAUAUUAGGUACACCGAAAUAUUUCAAAAGAAUGCAAGCUUAUUCAAGUGAGACACCUAAAUGGAUCAGAAAAUAUUUAGACAGUAGCGACGGUCCUAAAUUUGGUAAGAAAAGUACAACGGGCACUGGUAAUAAAGAGACCUCAAAAUCUAGCAGAAAAGGUAGCAGAAGAAAAAGUUCUUUGGAAUCGAUCGAGGCUGAAAAAAAACCAGAGAAUAAGACUCGAUCGAAAUCGGUAAGUAGCGGCGAAAGAAGUCCAAUGAUGAAGAGCACCGGUAUCAGUCAAGAAUUCAUGAACAAUAUUAAAAACACUUACGUUAGGAUCGUGCCAACCAGUAAUAUGCAAGAGAACAGAUAUGAAAUAGCCGUAGGAUCGAGUUGGACUCAAGGUAAUGACAAUCAUGGAUCGUAUGGUGUUGUUGAUGGUGAUGAUACCGAUUCGGAUGAUUCUACCUCUAUUUAAAUGCCAAAGAUAUAGUUAUUUUUCCAAAUGACCGCCAAUUAACAUCGGAAUGACUUGAGAGAAUCUCACCAUUGUAUCGCUUAUAUUUCACAACUAUGCUAUAUGCAUACAUAUAUAUAUAUAUAUAAUAUAUUAUAUAUUAUAUAUUGUAUAUUAUAUUAAACUGUAUAUUAUAUCAUAUAUCAUAUAUCGUGUGUCACGUUUCAUACAUUAUACAUAUAUUAUUAUGUUUCUAAAUGUUGAAUUUGUUGGAAAAAAAAAUGAUACCAGGAUACCAAGUGACACUGAUCAGGAAUCAUUAAAAUAUAGUUUGUAAACUUUUGUUAGAUUAUUUCUUCUUUUCUUUUUCUUAAAGAUUUUCUUCUUUGUUGAAAAUCAAAAUAUUCAAUGUUUUAAAGGAAAAAUUAAUAAGUGAAGUGCAUUAACGUAUGUCAUUUUUGAUUGAAUUUUGUACUUAAAUCGUAUUUUCAACGCAUGAUCUAAUAAAGGUAAUAACGAAGCAUUAAUUCACACAAUAUGUAAUUAAUUAUUGAUUUCUAUAAUGAUAAUUAUAGAAUGACGAGUCAAUAAGAUAUGAAUGAUAAAAAUAAUGUCAAACAUUGUACAUACGUCAUUGUUUAAAAAAUUAAAUUAUUCUUUAGAUAUACGCAAGUAUAUAGAGGAUUACUUAUUCAAUGCUUUCAAGUUUUCAAUUAUAUUAUCUUUAUUUCUUUAAUGAAUUAAAUAACACACACAUAUAUAUAC